CUUGACGUUUGAGUUUCCGGAAAGCGUGAGGCUUUGUUUACGUUUGGAUUUUUCGUUGAACUUUGGGGCGCUCAAAAAUGCUGAAAGCAGGCAAAAAUGGGACUUUGAAUGGCGGAAGUGGAGAGGAUUCGGACAGUUCUGAUCCCUGGGAUGAUGAACUGCUCAUCAAGGCUUACGAUGAAUCCGUGCGUCUGGCCAAGGAGGACGUGGCCAAGAAGAUGGCCUCAGCCACCAACACAACCAAGGAUGAAGCCCCAAAAGUGGACGACUCGGCAGGGAAGCGCUCGUUGCUGUGGCAGCCGGUGAAGCACAAAGUUGGGGACUUUGUGCGGGCAGUUUACCGCGAGGAUGGCCUGGAGUACGAGGCCGUGGUGGUGUCAUCCAGUGGGGGUACCGGAAAGUUCCUGAUCAAGUUCAUUGGUUAUGAGAACGAGCAGUUCGUGGCGGCGUCAGAGUUGAAGGAAUCUCUUGGCGGUGAUGCGAGAAUGGAACAAAUUGAGGCUUCUCUCGCCUCGCCGACCGUCCAGGAGGACGAGGAGGACUCAUCAGUGGUGUCUGAGGAGCCCGAAGCCCAGUCCUCAUCGUCCACGAGGCAGACAGACGCACCGCCUGUCGCUGCUCAGCUUUCAUCGCUCCUCAACGGCGGUUCUUUCGUGCCGCCGAUGACUCUUCAGCCGCCGCCGCUUCCGCCCUUCGCCAACGACUCCAGCGCAGAGGGAAAACACCUGGCCGCAAUGCUGAUGGCCUGGUACACCAGUGGCUACUACACAGGACUCUAUGACGCCCACAGGAUGGCGGAGAAGCGCAAGGAGACCAAGAAGAGCAAGUCUUAAAAUUUUCUAUUCUUUUCCAUGAUAAAAGUUUACCAUUCAA